CUCCUUUAAGUAGUUCGCCAUGACACUCUGCCCUCUAUAAGGCCGUGCACGCACUGCUGGGGGCAUCACGCUCCACGCCCGGUUUACUUUGCAGCCUGUCAAAAUGCAAAACUAUGGCCUAAUCAGACGCGGGGCUGGUACCGCCGUCCUCGAAGCCAUCCGCGUUCCCAAGCUACAGGACGACUACAUUUUAGUCAAGACCGUCACCAUUGCACUCAACCCUACGGACUGGACUACUCUCGAGGCCGCUGGCGAUGACGGCACGAUCGUCGGAUGUGACUAUGCUGGAAUAGUAGAGGAAGUCGGCAAGGCGGUAAAGAGGCCAUUCAAGAAAGGAGAUCGCAUCGCCGGCUUCGCGCAUGGGGGAAAUGAUGCCAAUCACGAACACGGUGCCUUUGCCAGGUACAUCGCAGUGAAAGGGGACCUCCAAUUUCAUGUACCAGACAACGUCACUUUUGAAGCUGCAUGCACUGUGGGUGUGGGUGUGAUGACGACUGGGUAUGGACUUUAUCACGUCCUCAAGCUGUCUCUUCCCGACGCGGUCCCGGAACCCAGCAAUGACCCAAUUCUGGUCUAUGGAGGAAGUACAGCGACGGGUACGCUGGCCAUUCAAUUCGCCAAGAUGUCUGGCAUGCAGAUCAUCACCACUUGUUCGCCCAAACACUUUGACCUCGUAAGGGGACGGGGAGCAGACCUCGUCUACGACUAUCACAUGGACAACGUUGGCGAACAGAUCAGACAAGCCACUGGGGGUAAAUUGAGAAAGGUCUUCGACACCGUCAACGUGGAAUCCUCUGCGGCUAUCUGUGCAGCCGCCUUCGGGCCGGACGGAGGCUCCUAUUGCAAUCUGCUUGGCCUGGACUGCCCACGAGCAGAUGUUACGUCAAGGUUCUUCCUCGGAUACUCCAUGUCAGGGGAGUCGUAUAUCUUCGAGGGGGACAAGUAUGACGCUCAUACGGAGGAUUUCGAGUUCGCCUCCCGCUUUGUACCCUUGGCCAAUCAAUUGUGGGCCGAAGGGAAGUGGACGCCUCACCCUCAGAGGCUCGGGGCGGGGGGAUUGCUGGGAGCGAUCAGCGGUAUGCAGGACAUGAAGGCAGGAAGGUAUAGUGGGGAGAAGCUGGUCUAUCGCGUCGACGAGACGAGUUGGCCCAAGGAGCCUACCACCCCGAAUAGGUAGUAAGACCUAAAUCUGCAGUACGCUUGACGUGCGUAUGGGAAGCUAAAGCGUCAUAGCAUCAUGCAGCUCACACACAUGAGGAAGUGCUAUCAGUGCUAA